AUGUUUGAGCUCCCUAUAGGUACCGGCUUGGUUGGGGAUGCGCUCGGAGAUGCCUACGAGCGAGCCACGGACCGACCCGUUAAGUUCAAGUUCUCGUGUGGUGCGUCGGUACACGCCCAGCGGAUGCCAGAUCCAGUUGCCUUUGUGGCCGAGACCUCAGCUCGACGUGCGCAUCAGGCACCUUUAUCACUCUGGUACUGGGGGGUUGGUCUAAGUCAUAGCGUCCUGUGGACGUCGUGGCGUGUGAGCGUGGACAAGAGGGAACCGGUACUGCUGCAUCCAAACAUCAACCGCUUCAGCGUUCACAUUGGUGUUAAGUAA